AUGGAGGAUCCAGACCAGCGAAAGCCGAACGGCGGCAAUAACGGUCUGCCAGUGCCACCCAGCACAACAGAGACCGGUAAGGACCCUCUGCAGGGCAUCCUCGGUCGGAUGCCGGACUGCCAAUAUGUCAAGAAGCGUUUGCUGGGACAGGGCAGCUUUGGUAGCGCGUGGCGUGUCGAGGAGAGCGCGACCGGCAGCGUCUUCGCCGCGAAGGUGAUGGACCUGAAUAGUAUGAGCGAGAAGGAUCGUGGCUUUGUGACCAACGAGGUGAAGUGUCUCUCGCGCUCCCGCAACCCGCACAUCGUGCGCUGCGAGAACGCGAUCGAGCGAGAGGGACACUUGCUGAUUGUGAUGGAGUACGCCGACGGUGGAGAUCUGUACAAGCAGAUCAAGGCUCGCGUGCGCGAGAUGAAGUUCUUCCGGGAGCACGAGGUGGUGUUCAUCUUUCUACAGCUGUGCCUUGCCCUGGACCACAUCCACUCGAACAAGAUGAUGCACCGCGACCUGAAAACCGCCAACAUCCUCCUCACUACCACCGGCCUCGUCAAACUGGGCGACUUUGGGUUUUCACGCCAGUACGAGGACUCCCUUUCCAAUGCCGUCGGCUCGACGUUCUGCGGCACGCCGUAUUACCUCAGCCCGGAGUUGUGGCACCGCCAGCCGUACAGCAAAAAAAGUGAGAUGUGGGCCCUGGGCGUUGUGCUCUACGAAGUCAUGGCACUCCGCCGCCCCUUCACCGGCAAGAACAUGGAUGAGCUCAUCACGAACAUUUGCCACGGCCGGCGUGCUGACCUGCCCCCAUCGUACACGGCGAGUCUUCGCGAUGUGUGUAACCGGCUCCUGUCCGUCGACGCCAAUAUGCGGCCAACGAUCCAGGAACUCUUCCACGAGCCCUUUAUCCGCUCCAACCUCGAGACUCUCAAGCGCAGCGUUGAGAAGCACAACCGCAUCCCCGCCGACGUUCGGGACGCCAUCGCACGCUGCAUUACACAGUCACUGAGCACGGAGGAGCCCCCUGCGCAGUUGGAGGAGCCGUCGCCAUUCAUUGGCACCGUAAGUCGCCACACGGCGCUGCGCGGCUGGCAGAAAUGUCUCUUGAGCUUCGACAAGAAGCAGAUUUCGAUCCGUGACCCAAGCGGGGUGGAUCCGGAAGAAGUGGUGCCGGUUGCUACCCUCACCUCCGUCUGCCCCAUCGAUGUGAUGAUGGCUGGCGAAGAGUUCGUCUUUGCCAUGAAGAACCAGGCCGGUAAGGCCUUUUGGUUCAUGGCGCCAAACCAGAGGGCAUACGAGCAGUGGCUGAGUACGUUGCAGGAAGCUGCCCCGUAA